UGUGGGAUAGGUUGGGAGUUUGGGAGGACCGGUCGGGCCUGUCGUUUGUUUGUUUGUCUGUUCCCGAGUUGAUCGAGUGCCGGCGCCGUUACUCGGUGCCGCAGACCCCGAGGGGCCGUUCAAGAUGCCGGAGAGAGACAAUGAGCCGUUUUCAAACCCUCUGGCCCCAGACUCGCACGAGAUUGAGGAUGCUCGAUCAGCGAACCAAUCCAAGCUGACCAAUGAAGACUUUCGAAAGUUGCUUAUGACCCCGAGGUCAACACCAUCAUCAGCUCCACCUUCAAAAACUCGUCAACAUGAGAUGCCAAGGGAAUACAAUGAAGAGGAUGAUCCAGCCGCUCGUAGGAGGAAAAAGAAAAGUUACUACGCGAAGCUGCGACAGCAAGAGUUGGAGCGAGAGCGUGAGCUGGCCGAGAAAUACCGCGAUCGAGCCAGGGAGAGGCGAGAUGGCGUGAACAAAGAUUACGAGGAAACUGAGCUCAUCAGUACGACGGCCAACUAUCGAGCGGUGGGACCGACGGCUGAGGCGGACAAGUCUGCUGCAGAAAAAAGGCGGCAGCUGAUCCAGGAGUCCAAGUUCUUGGGUGGUGACAUGGAGCACACUCACUUGGUGAAGGGGCUGGAUUUUGCCCUCCUGCAAAAGGUUCGUGCGGAAAUCACCAGCAAAGAGAGAGAAGAAGAAGAUCUGAUUGAGAAAGUGCAGAAAGAAGUGAAGAAAGAUGAAGACCCAGAAAACAAAAUUGAAUUUAAGACUCGCUUAGGGCGUAAUUCGUACCGUAUUCUGUUUAAAAUAAAGCCCCAGGAGCGAAAUGAGUUGUUUUUACCAGGCCGCAUGGCAUACGUUGUGGAUCUGGACGAUGAAUAUGCAGACACAGAUGUUCCUACCACACUAAUCAGGAGCAAAGCCGACUGUCCUACUAUGGAGGCACAAACAACGUUGACCACCAAUGACAUUGUCAUCAAUAAACUGACUCAGAUCCUGUCCUACUUGCGUCAAGGAACUCGUAACAAGAAAAUGAAGAAGAAGGAUAAAGGUAAAUUGGGAGGUGAUGAAAAGAGACCACCAGAGGCUGAUAUAAGCAUCUUUGACGACAUCGGCGACUACGUGCCAACAACCGCAAAGGUUGUUCGCGAAAAAGAGCGUGAGAAAUACCGUGAGAAGGAGCGAGAGAGAGAGCGGGAACGGGAAAGAGAACGGGAAAGGGAGCGAGAGCGGGAGCGAGAGAGGGAACGAGAGAGGGACGAGGAGAAAAAAUCGAGACACAAUUACUUUGAGAAACCAAGAGUGGACGAUGAGCCAGCAGAAUUGGAAACGGGUCCUGGGACGGCUAAGGAUCUGAUUAAAUCGAUCAAUGAGAAGUUUGCAGGAACUGGAGGUUGGCAAGGAGCAGAAUCGGUGAAGAGACAGGAGGAGAAGAAACGACUUGGAGAUUUCUUCGGCACGUCGGACAGUUAUGCAGAGUGCUACCCAGCCACGUUGGACGACAUGGCUGUCGACAGCGAUGAGGAGGUGGAUUACAGUAAAAUGGAUCAGGGUAAUAAGAAGGGGCCCCUCGGGCGUUGGGAUUUUGACACCCAGGAGGAAUACAGCGAAUACAUGAACAACAAGGAGGCAUUGCCCAAAGCAGCUUUCCAGUACGGCAUCAAGAUGUCAGAGGGACGUAAAACACGACGUUUCAAAGAAACGAAUGAGAAAGCAGAACUGGAUCGACAGUGGAAAAAGAUCAGUGCGAUCAUUGAAAAGAGAAAGAAGCUAGAAGCAGACGGUGUGGAGGUGAAGAGACCCAAGUACUGAACUCGGAGCGAGAGAACAGAGUGGUGCCAACUGUUCCUACAUUCCAUGAUUUUGUUUGCUCGUUGGCAAUGCUUUGUGCAUUACCUGCCCCGAAUAUCUUCUCCACCGCCAUCAGUGAACGGGCGGCAAUGCUUCAUCGCGAUGUAGAAUGUUUGAUGAGCCUUCACGCAGAUUGUGCCGAUCACCACAUCUUUAUAUUGAGGCAGCUGAGAUUUGUAAGCUUAAAUUUGCUCAGUAGAGCCUUAGAUGGAGGGGAGAAGCUUUCAAUGACAAUCGGCUAGUUAAUCCGUGGAGAUCACGUUUUCCUGUUUUUUGAUUGUGAUAACCUGCAAAUGAUUAAAUUUCUUGAGAUAUUUAAUA